CUCCUCGCUUACACCCGGCUGAGAAAGCAGAGAAAUUUGGGAAAGAAAGAGUUGUUAGUGGUGAAAAGCUGCAAAUCAUGUGUUAAUGGUGAAAAGAAUUACUGUCAUUCUUAUGAAAUUCCAGAGGAUGGUAAGAUAUUUUUGAAGGUGUUGAGGGAAGUUCAACCUCAUAUUUUCUUGUAUAGAGGUUCUACAUUUGUUCUAGUGUUGUCUGGUGAACUCAUUGAUAGCCGCUGCUUUGAAGACUUGCUUAAGUUGGACCUAGCUCAAUUUUUAUUUUACUGCCUCACCAACUCCCAAUCUCUUUCACUCGCACCUUCCCCUUUCUUCUGCGCCGUUCACCAUCAAUGAUAGCCAUAUGGCAGGCAUUUGCUUCUUCUACAGUUAUGAUUCAUGUUGUGAUAUAGACCGCUAAGUUCUGGUUGCUUGCCGGAGUUUGAGAUUUUCGUGCUAAAGGAGGCAGGACAGCUUUUUUGAAUGGGAUUGUUUGGAUGUUUAUGGUAUGAACAGUUUUUACAUAUCAAUUCAAAUGAUAAAAUUUUUGUAUGAAUUCAAGUCAAACAGUACAACAAUAGCACUAAAGAGUGAUUAUCCCAUUUGUAAUUUCCCUUAGCGGUCCCACACUCUUCUCACCGUCAGCCAUGGCAGGCUCUCAUUAGUUUUCAGCCCCACCUCUGUAUCAGUCUCUCUCGCCGCUUCCCAUUUGUAUUUUUCUGCCUCUUUAGUUUAUAGAAUAUACAAACUCUUGUCAUUUGCUUCUGUCUUUGAAUCUGCUUCCAUAUCCUGAUAUCAAACUCGCCUCUGUUUAGAGUCCUUUUUCUGGUCGUUUUAUGGCCGUUCCUUUUUCAAGUCACUGCAUUUCUCUACAAAACCACCAAGAAUUAUCUCUUACUCUCUUCCCACCUUGCCACGCCUUUAAAAUCGAAGGAAGUAAAGGAAAAUUUCAAUUCCGCCGUCAAUCGCCGCCUCCAAACCCCUCAACUUUGGUUUAUAACGUGGGAAGGAAGGGAAAUUCAGUUAAGCGCAAUGUGUUUAAUGACGCAGAAAGUGGCUCUGAAUUCGAAGAAGAGACUUAUAAUUCCGUCGAAGACAAGCUAUUCGUCCGGUGGUUUCGCGAGGCCUGGCCAUAUCUGUGGGCUCAUAGAGGUAGCACUUUUGUAGUUAUUAUUUCUGGUGAGAUUGUCGAUAGUCCGUCCUUGGAUCCUAUUCUGAAGGAUAUAGCAUUCCUUCAUCACCUGGGAAUCCGGUUUGUGCUCGUCCCAGGUACCCAUGUUCAAAUCGAUAACCUUUUGGCCGAGAGAGGACAUGAGCCUAAGUAUGUUGGUCCGUACAGAAUUACUGACCCUGAAGCUCUAGCUGCAUCAAUGGAAGCAGCAGGGAAGAUUCGAAUGUUGUUAGAAGCAAAACUCUCACCUGGGCCUUCCAUAUGUAAUAUCCGUCGACAUGGUGACAAUAGUCGUUUGCAUGAUGUUGGUGUCAGUGUUGCCAGUGGUAACUUUCUUGCAGCCAAGAGGAGAGGAGUCGUCAAAGGUGUUGACUUUGGAGCAACUGGUGAAGUAAAGAAAGUAGAUGUUACUCGCAUGCGUGAAAGGCUUGAUGGUGGUUGUAUAGUUUUAUUGAGCAACCUUGGCUACUCCAGCUCUGGAGAAGUUUUAAAUUGCAAUACAUACGAAGUUGCUACAGCAUGUGCCCUGGCUAUUGGGGCAGAUAAGCUUAUAUGUAUCAUAGAUGGUCCAAUUCUGGACGAGAGUGGGCAUCUUAUUCGUUACUUGGCUAUUGAAGAAGCAGACAUGUUGAUUCGUAAGCGCGCUAAACAAAGUGAGAUUGCUGCUAACUAUGUGAAAGCUGUUGGCAAAGAAGAUUUCACUUCUUUGGAACACGAUGAUUCUGUUAGACUCACUCCAUCACAGAAUGGGAAGCCUCUUAAUGGAAGGCAUAGUGCAGCCUUCCAAAAUGGUGUUGGUUUUGACAAUGGGAAUGGGUUAUUUUCUGGAGAACAAGGAUUUGCUAUUGGAGGUCAUGAACGGCAAAGUCGACUAAAUGGUUACCUGUCAGAAUUAGCUGCUGCCGCUUUUGUUUGUAAGGGAGGUGUACAAAGAGUACAUCUUUUAGAUGGCACAAUUAGUGGAGUUCUAUUAUUGGAACUGUUUAAAAGAGAUGGAAUGGGGACAAUGGUUGCUAGUGAUGUUUAUGAAGGUACCCGGAUGGCUAGGGUGACGGAUCUUCCUGGAAUAAGACAAAUCAUACAACCUUUAGAAGAAUCUGGUGUAUUGGUCCCACGGUCAGAUGAAGAGCUUCUUAAAACAUUGGACGCAUUCAUUGUUGUGGAAAGAGAAGGUCAAAUCAUUGCUUGUGCUGCUCUUUUUCCUUUCUUUGAGGAGAAGUGCGGAGAGGUUGCUGCUAUUGCAGUGUCUCCUGAAUGCCGUGGACAAGGACAAGGAGACAAAUUGCUUGAUUUUAUCGAGAAAAAGGCCUCUUCCCUCAACUUGGAAAUGCUCUUUCUGCUUACAACCCGGACUGCAGACUGGUUCAAGAGGCGAGGCUUCUCAGAAUGUUCAAUUGAAAUGAUACCUGAGAAGAGGAGGAAUAAGAUCAAUCUAUCCCGUAAAUCUAAGUAUUAUAUGAAGAAGUUGCUUCCUGAUACAAGUGGAAUAACUGUUAAUAAAGCAUUUAGCUAAUGUUUUGUCAUCUUGUAAAGUUUGUUUACUGAUGCAGCAUAAAAGGUACCAUUCAAAUUCAAAAUUUUCUUGUAGUUUUGAGAAUAGUUUAGCGAUGAUUAGAAACUUGAUUUCAGUUAUAACAUUAUAAAUUAUAAUAUAUUAAUACGUACCUAAAAGGAUAGAAAAAUAACUUUUGGCUUCUUUAGUCAACUUUCCCCCAUUUAAUGGAGAACAUGACAAUUCUGACUAGGCCCUC